AUGGAGACCUCCAACUUUGUUAAACAAUUAUCGUCGAACAACAGAAAAACCAGGGUAAAUGCACUCGAAGCGUUAAAGAAAUAUCUAACCGCUAAACAGUUCAAGGAGAACAAACAAAUAGAAUUCAAUAAACUUUGGAAGGGUCUUUACUAUGCAAUGUGGUUCAGUGACCGUCCUAGACCUCAGCAACGUUUAGCCAAUGAAUUAGGUGAAUUGCAUGGAUUAUAUUUUGAUCCUAAGGACAAUAGCACUGCAGAUGAGUUGACCACAAACGAUAAAGCAUUUAUAAAGUUUAGCAGAGGGUUUUGGAAGGUCAUGUGCUUUGAAUGGUUUAACAUUGACAGAUAUAGGUUGGAUAAGUAUCUUCUAUUGAUAAGAAGGGUAUUAUUCAGUCAAUUGAAGUAUUUGCAGUCCAGAAACUGGGACAAAAAAUUAGUCGACGAGUAUAUUAAGAAAGUGUUGAGGUGGUUACCUCUGAGUGGAAGUCCAAAGGUCUACACAGGGAUUCCAAUUCAUAUCGUCGAUAUUCUGCUGGACGAAUGGGAAAGAUUGCUUAAAGAUGGAGAUGAAGACGAUGAAGACGAGGAAAACAAAGAGGAAGAGAUGCGCAAAAUUGCAGAGAGCGCAAAAAAAACGCCACUAGCCGAUGUUAUCGCAAUUUUCCAAGAUAUCGUGGCAGAUUACAAUAACAGUAAGGUGUUGAGAGAGAAGAUCAAAGAAGACCUAUUCAGUGACACCAGACUUGUUUCCUGGGAUAUUCUUGAAGGCGAAACGCAACAUAAUGAUUCCAGUAACGAAUCUGAAGAAGAGGAAGAGGAAGAGUGGAAGGGAUUUUGA